GUCCGUCAAGGCCCGUGAGUACCCAGGUAGAGCCCUGCGCCAGCGGCACCGAGGCUUUGGAGGCUGGAGUGCGGGGCGGACUGGAGGGACCUGGAGGAGAGGACCGAGUGUUGGAUAAAUAUAUAUCAUUAUAAAAAACAUGGAUGAAGAGCCUGAAAGAACUAAGCGGUGGGAAGGAGGCUACGAGAGAACAUGGGAAAUUCUUAAAGAAGAUGAAACUGGAUCACUUAAAGCUACGAUAGAAGAUAUUCUCUUCAAAGCAAAGAGAAAAAGAGUAUUUGAGCACCAUGGACAAGUUCGACUUGGAAUGAUGCGCCACCUGUAUGUGGUAGUAGAUGGUUCGAGAACAAUGGAGGAUCAAGAUCUAAAGCCCAAUAGGUUGACUUGUACUUUAAAGUUGUUGGAAUACUUUGUAGAAGAAUAUUUUGAUCAAAAUCCUAUCAGUCAGAUUGGAAUAAUUGUAACUAAGAGUAAAAGAGCUGAAAAACUGACUGAACUCUCAGGAAACCCCAGGAAACACAUAACAUCUUUGAAGAAAGCUGUAGAUAUGACCUGCCAUGGAGAACCAUCUCUCUAUAAUUCCUUAAGCAUGGCUAUGCAAACCCUGAAACACAUGCCUGGACACACAAGUAGAGAAGUACUAAUCAUCUUUAGUAGCCUUACAACCUGUGACCCGUCUAAUAUUUAUGAUCUCAUCAAGACCCUGAAGGCAGCUAAGAUUAGAGUAUCUGUUAUUGGGUUGUCUGCAGAGGUUCGAGUUUGCACUGUACUUGCUCGUGAAACUGGAGGCACAUACCAUGUCAUUUUAGAUGAAGUCCAUUACAAAGAGCUGCUGACCCUCCAUGUUAGCCCUCCCCCUGCCAGCUCAAGCUCCGAGUGCUCACUCAUUCGUAUGGGGUUCCCUCAGCACACCAUUGCUUCUUUGUCUGAUCAGGACGCAAAGCCAUCCUUCAGCAUGGCGCAUUUGGAUAAUAGCACUGAGCCAGGACUUACUCUGGGAGGCUAUUUCUGCCCACAGUGUCGAGCAAAGUACUGUGAGCUUCCUGUGGAGUGUAAAAUAUGUGGUCUUACUUUGGUGUCUGCACCUCAUCUGGCACGAUCUUACCAUCAUUUAUUUCCUUUGGAUGCUUUUCAAGAAAUUUCCCUAGAAGAAUAUAAAGGAGAAAGAUUCUGUUAUGGAUGUCAGGGGGAAUUGAAAGACCAACAUGUCUAUGUUUGCACAGUGUGCCAAAAUGUUUUCUGUGUGGACUGUGAUGUUUUUGUUCAUGACUCUCUCCACUGUUGUCCUGGCUGUAUUCACAAGAUCCCAACUCCUACAGGCACUGCAAAUAAAAGAGAAGAAUCACCUACCCAAAUUAACCAGACCCAAAGACUAUAUAUAUAACUCAGUGAACUUGUUUACAAUUUGAGUAGCUGGUUGGAACAGAAGCUGUGAAGCCUCACAGUGGAUGUUAUUCUUAACUAUUGCAAAUAUUGUAAAGCACUUAUCCACCACCCAAACUGAGUUGGAACUAGAAAGACAAUUAACUAGUUUUAUAUCCUUUCACACCUAUCCUUCCUCAUCCUCUAAUAUUUAGCCUUCCUUGCUUUCUUUUCUGCUUGUUAACACUGUCCCCACAUAUACAUUUAUUUAUAAGUAUAUAUUUAUUAUUGGUUAGAUUCUGCAUAUGAAGAACAUGCAUUGUUUUUCUUCCUGAGAUUGUGUGACCUCACUUAAUAUUAUACAUUCGAA